UUAUUGCAGGAACCUGUUUGGAACGUACAUUUUUUUGGGGGGGCAUUUUGCUCUCGCGAUAUUCCCCGUACGUACUACGUGAUUACACGUCAAAGGAGCUGUGUUGGAGAAUCAUGGCGGAGCGCAGGAGGCAUAAGAAACGGAUCCAGGAGGUGAGUGAGCCCACCAAGGAGGAGAAGGCGGUGGCCAAGUACCUCCGCUUCAACUGCCCCACCAAGUCCACCAACAUGAUGGGCCACCGGGUGGACUACUUCAUCGCCUCCAAGGCGGUGGACUGUCUGCUGGACUCCAAGUGGGCCAAAGCCAAGAAGGGAGAGGAGGCCGUGUUCACCACCAGAGACUCUGUGGUGGACUACUGCAACAAGCUGCUGAAGAAGCAAUUCUUCCACCGUGCUCUGAAAGUCAUGAAGAAGAAGCCAGAGAAGGACAUCAAGAAAGACAAGGAGAAAGAAAAAGAGAAGAAGAAGGAUUCCAAGGAUGUAGAGGCUUCAGAUGUAAAGAAGGAGAAAGAGAAGAAGAAGGAUGCAGAGGCUUCAGAUGUAAAGAAGGAGAAAGAGAAGAAGAAGGAUGCAGAGGCUUCAGAUGUAAAGAAGGAGAAGAGUGACGAUAGCCCCGGAACGCCAAAGAAGAAAAAAGACGUGAAGAAGAAAUUCAAACUGGAGCCUCAUGAGGAUCAGCUCUUCUUGGAUGGCAAUGAGGUAUUUGUUUGGAUCUACGACCCAGUCCAUUUUAAAACCUUUGCCAUGGGACUGAUUCUGGUAAUUGCAGUGAUCGCGGCCACUCUCUUCCCGCUGUGGCCGGCUGAGAUGCGUGUGGGUGUGUACUACCUGAGCGUGGCAGCAGGCUGUUUCGUGGCCAGUAUACUGCUGUUGGCUGUUGCUCGCUGCAUCCUGUUCGUGAUCAUCUGGCUGGUGACGGGCGGACGCCACCACUUCUGGUUCCUGCCCAACCUCACGGCUGAUGUGGGCUUCAUCGACUCUUUCCGCCCGCUCUACACGCACGAGUACAAGGGCCCGCGGGACGCCAGCAAGAAGAGCCAGGACAAGACUGAGGGCAAGACCAGCGAUGAGAAGGAGGGUGACGGUGAGGAGGAAGAGGAGGAAGGAGACGAGGGCACAGUGCCACAGGGGAUGGAAGAAGGCGAGGUGGUGAAGGGGAAGUCAGCGAGUACCGCUGAGCGCUCUGACACAGACAGCGACCGGCGUGAGGACGAGGGCUCGCAGCACAGCAAUGGAAAUGACUUUGAGAUGAUCACCCGCGAGGAGCUGGAGCAGCACACAGAGGAGGAGGAGGAGGAGGAGGAAGAAGAGGGGGAUGAAGGAGAGCAGGAAGGAGACGGUGAGAGAAAGCCUGUACCUGUUCAAACAUAAACAUUCUAUCACUGCCACCUCCUUCUCCUCCACCCUCGUGCUCCUCCAAGGACAACCUCCCACCUCCUCCAGGUCUUGUCAACCUCGCCGAGGAGACGAAUCCAUCUUGCCUGCUCCGAUCUUCCACCAACUAUACAGAUGCCACGCCUGAGUAUCGACACUGGUGUCAAAUGGCUAUAACAUUGGAAAAGAGAAGCCUUAUUGUGGUUCUAAAAUCCCCAGCUUAUUUAAACUGAGAAAUGCAAACUAACUUAACAGAUGUUUGUCUGAGGAAGUUGUCACGUUAGUACUCCCGACUUUCCCCCUAUUUUUCGGUACUUACGUUAUGACUGUUAUCCCAUAUCAUUCUAGUUAACUCAUCCACUCUGUGUUAUUUACCAUUGCUACAAUGCUCCCCUUGUAUGUCUCUUGUCAAUUUCCACGGGCGAGGGAGUUGGAGCUAUGGAAUCGUUUUUACUUGGGGAAGUACUGCCAUCUUGUCUACCUACCCCUCAAAUCCAGACUGUUGUCUUAUGAACAACGUGCGAUUUGUACAAUCAUGGUUAGGCUAAGCCCAGUGUUGUGUCCAGUAGCUGCAAAACACGGUAACUAAAUUGAAAUGGGAACCAAAAUAUACACAUUUUCAUCAUUUCCCUUUGGUCUAUUGUCACCCAACUGGGCCAAGGUCCUGUACUAGCAGUGGCAUCUGGCCCUCUGUACACAGUUCAACUCUUGUUUUUUUACGAGUCUGAUCUCUCCUCGGCAGCCAUCGGACGUUACGAUUGACCAACCGUUGGCUACGCCACUAUAACUAAUGCGGAUGGACCAAAAUCCAUAGUUUACCCCACCACAAGAAAAUACCUCACUUAUUGGGGGGUUUUUCCCAAAAUAUGUCUGACGAGAGAACAAAAGAAUGAAGAAAAAAAUGGCGGCGGCAGAUGAACGUCAUUAACAAUAAACAGCCUUGUGGUUCUUUUUGCGGUACUUAUUUUCAAUGAGAAAUGUUUGGUUGAUAAUGAUCGGUUCUGUUCACAAACACACACACACACACACACACACACGUAAAACCAGAGCUCAUAAGAGUCAUGUCCAUUACAAGCAGUGGGACAACAAAAAUAAAACGGGUUGUUUGAGAUGCCACUUUCUAGAAGAAAUGUGAUCUGAGGCCACGCCCAUGCAGACAGCAAAGAUGGAAUGGGAAACCUGUUCGUAAAGUUUUGUAUUCGCCAUUUAGAAUCGGACAUCAAGAUGAAAGUGCCAAACUCGUUAAUUGUUGUUACAAUGCAUGCUGUUUUCAUACGGGAAGACAUGGCAAAAGUGUCAGCAAGGCAUUUUGGUACAUUUUAUUCAUUUUUGUAACGAUUGUGUCAAAUUCCAAACCUUUUACACCUUAGAAACGCAGCGCCGUAUAGGAGCCAAGGCAUUAGUGUGUAGACCUUCUCCCUUCAGUUCUAUCUAAGCCAUGCAAAGCAGGCAAUAUGUCCUGAAGCUUACUAUACUCAUUCUACGAUCGCUUGUAAUAGUAUUGUCAGUUCAACUCGGAUGCCCAUACUUUCAUGAUAGCUUUUGUUGUGUUGCCUUCAUUGGUAUUCUAGUCAUGCUAGCUGACAACGAUGGAGACCCAUGUGAAUGCAUGGGGACUUCAUUGGAAACCAAUGUGGUCGAGGUCCAAUUCUCUGUAGUGUUGCAUUAUGGGGGCUGUGGUCCAAUACUGUCUGUUUGUAAGGUUGCAUUCUUUUUGGCUGGAGUUGUUUUAGAAGCUAGUGAGGACGAUAUUUAAAAACAUAAAGAUGUCAUUUAUAUACGGAAUUCUAUAUCAAAUAUAUUUUGAAUUGAUAAAUUAUGAGCCCGCUUGGUUCAACUUGAACAGAAUCCUUUUUUGGGGGGUAUCAACUUAUUUUCAGUAAUGUUUAUUUUUCUCUCUUUUUUUCUCUUUUUUUUUUUACUAUAAUUUUGACCACCAAUAGGCAUAUUGUCAAGAGUGUAUUGUACUCUCAUUAUUGGGGACUCUCACCAGAAAUGUUUAAUAUUUAAUGUGUGGAUAUAUGAUCAGAUGGACUACCUAUUUUUGAUCUAGUUGAUAUUGAUCGAUUUUGUCAUUUAUUUUGUGGUAGAGGAAUGUAUAUAGAAAACCUAGCUAUGUGGCUACUUACAGCAAGUCCCACAAACAUGUUUGUUUCUUGCCAUAAGAAUAGUGAAUGAUUAACUUGUGGUUGAGAAACCCGUUAGCAGUGGAUUGCAUAAUAUUUUAUAUUGUUGUUCCACACACAAUGUUCUGGGAAGAAAGUUCACCCCGCUGUGGAAUGGUAGAGCGGAGCUUGUGAGAGCAAGGGAAAGAAGUCACUUGAUGAUUCAGAUAUCCCACUCUACACAGAUGGACUCAAUGUCUAGACUGAGGAGUAUCUUCCAGACUCAUACCCGUUUCACACAAUCUUGUCAACCCAAACGGUAGUGCUGGCCGGUUCCUGGAACUAUGCUUGGAUGCGUAACCAGGCGAGCGCAGUGCAGCUCGGUGAACUGGUCAGUAGUGUGAAAAAGGGGUACAAGUAUGUCUUGCUUUCCCCCGUUCUCAGAGCUUGUUGACCUCGGUAGAUCUCCAGCUUGUUUCUUCAUUGUCGUGUUUCCCUGAACUUUAUUCAACUGUGCGUGGCUCUUGUACAAUACAAGUGUACUACUUACAACUGCACACUGUGUAGUUGGUCUCUUUUUAGUAUUAUUUUUUUGUGUGUGUUCAUUUUCAAUGCUUUUCUGUUUCCUGAUGAUGUCUUCUGGAGAGCAAGAGUGCAUUCGUAAAUUCAGUCUGGAGUUCCAGAGUGGCCUCUGGGCGUUGGUAAAUUCAGUCUGGAGUUCCAGAGUGGCCUCUGGGCGUUGGUAAAUUCAGUCUGGAGUUCCAGAGUGGCCUCUGGGCGUUGGUAAAUUCAGUCUGGAGUUCCAGAGUGGCCUCUGGGCGUUGGUAAAUUCGUCUGGAGUUCCAGAGUGGCCUCUGGGCGUUGGUAAAUUCAGUCUGGAGUUCCAGAGUGGCCUCUGGGCGUUGGUAAAUUCAGUCUGGAGUUCCAGAGUGGCCUCUGGGCGUUGGUAAAUUCAGUCUGGAGUUCCAGAGUGGCCUCUGGGCGUUGGUAAAUUCAGUCUGGAGUUCCAGAGUGGCCUCUGGGCGUUGGUAAAUUCAGUCUGGAGUUCCAGAGUGGCCUCUGGGCGUUUUUCAUUCAUCUCGGAGUAUUCAGGAUGCACACUAGACACUCUGACCGAGGAGGGUUGAUCCGAGCGUUCUGACCUCACAACGGUAGUCAAGCACCCAAGCUAACGUUGGCUAGCUUGCUAGCUACUUCCAGACACAAACCCCACUGAACAUUUCUCGUCCUAGCAGAACUGAUUUAGGCUGUUUUCAUGUUAUCCAGAGCGUUGGUGACUAACUGCUGCUGGAAACAAUUUUAUUGCGCUUUUUUUUUUGUUGCCGACGUUUACUGACACCGGCCAUAUUCAACGGGUGUUGAGCGUUCGUAAAUUCAUCAGUUAUUCUGCGCUCUGGCACAGUCAGACGAGAGUGCUCUGAAAUAGGAGUAGAUCGCCAGAGUGAAUUUACGAACGUGCCCCAAGUUGCCAGUAGCUGUAUUACUAUUUCAUGAAAAUCUCAUUGUUCUUGAGUCUUCUUCUUGCACAGUUACCAGUCUGUUGUAUAUUGUAGUAUGAAUCUAUACUGCUUUAUUCCAUUACAUUUCUGGAAGAAAAAAACGUCAUGUUUUAUCUGUUAAAUGUCAUUAGUCACUUAGUUGUUCAUAUUUGAAUCAAUAUCAUUGAGGACUGUCUCUUGCAAUAUUUCAAUAUAAUGUCAUUAAUUGAAUGUCUGGAAGUAUAUCUGUACCUUAUUGCAAUAAAUAUAUAGAAAGCA